AUGUCAACACGAGGCAAUGGCACGUGCACCGUACAAGGUUUCCGCAUCGAGCGGGCGGAGGAUCCAGGUGCCAAGGACACGUCAGGUCUCUCCUGCUGGGCCGGAAUCGAGGACACUGUGGCGAAGGAUGAUAAGGGAAAGAUGGAUAGGUAUUCUGACGAUCUCGAUACCCUCCUCGUCGUUGAACGUUCCCCAUUUGUGAAGUUCGCAUGCUUGGUCUACUUGACACUCGCCAAGGCUGGUCUAUUCUCCGCCAUCCUCUCUGCAUUUGUCGUCCGGACCUAUCAGAUGCUCCAGCCAUCAAGCGCCGACCUUACGAACCAACUGCUUACGACGAAUAAUCAGAUGCUCGCUCAAAAUACUCAGAUACUCGCUCAAAAUAACCAGAUUUUUAAUCAGAUCCUUGCCCAAGGAUUUUCUACCACCCUCGCCGUAUCCACAUUUUCCCCUCCUCAGUUGCUAUCCCCCACCGGUCCGCCGCCGUUCCAGCCCUCGACCCCUGCACGAUGGAUCAACACGCCGUUCUUUAUCAGCCUCGUGCUCAGUCUCGCUGCGGCUCUGCUUGGAAUCCUGGUCAAGCAGUGGGUGCGCGAGUACAUGUGGUGGAACUCACCUCUCGCAACGCCGCGAGAGAACAUCAUGGUGCGCCAGUUCCGGUUCGAGGCGUGGGAGGCCUGGAACGUCACGGCGGUCGUCUUGACGGUGCCACCGCUGCUCGAGGUCGCAAUGAUCCUCUUCCUCAUUGGCAUGCUCAUCCUUCUGUGGACCUUGGACGAUAUCGUCGCGAUCUGUCUGACGGCUCUGACGGCGAUGUUUCUGUUGAUGGUUGCUGCCUUCACUGUCCUCCCCGUGUUCUCACAUCGGUGCCCAUACAAGUCUCCGACGGCACGGGCGGCCACGGCGGCCUUUGGAUUUAUGUCGCAUUUGGUGCCCUUCUGUCUGAGCUGUGCAGAGUUUAUGCUGCUCUACUACACUGUCGAGGGCGCUUAUUCAUUUGGAAACUCCGAUACGGGAAUCCGCAAUCUGCCGGGAUAUGAACAGCGAGAACGUGUCGAAUGGAAACGAAUACCACACAGCUGGCGCGACGUCGACCUCAGCAGCCGCAGAACCAUGUUGCCGCGCUUUGGGUCCCAGCAGCUCAAGUAUGAGACCUUGCAUACUGCAGCAGAGCGGACCCUUUCGGCCGAGACUUCACACGGCUCGAAGCGAAAGGUUAUUGUAGACGAGCUGUCCGUCGAGGUCAAAGAGACCGUCCUGCUCCUGCGAGUAGUGAUGUGCGGGCCGGGCCUCAAAGCCCGCGAGCCCGCCAAGCCCGGCCCAAAAAGCCUGACCCGAGCCAAGCCUGGCAGCGGGCUCAAGGCCGGGCUCGGAGCAUAG